GUGCCGGAGGCUGUACUGUUGGAGCUCUGGGAGUAGCACAGUUUAAACGGAUGCCUCUGGUCGACCAGGUACAGGGUGCCCCCGUGGGUGAGUUUACCGGACUGGCCCCGGCCCAGCUUCUCGCCAUCCAGAUAGUGAUCUCGGUGGAUUACCUGUCUGGAAAACUGCUACAGUUUAAUAAUACAAGCAGAGAGACAACUCCACUUUCGGGGCAGCCAGACUGACAUGACCUACAUCUAAAUUAACCAAGACAACUUACGUCUGAGUCAGCACCUUCUUCUGGCUUCCUGUCCUCCACCUUCCUCUUAAUCAAUCUUUAGAGCAUCAGCCAUUCUCACCAUGGCCACCCAGCACACCCAAAACAACCAUGAAGCUGCCUACAUGUCACUGAUGAGAGGCCUGAAAGAGAUGGAUCUCUGUGGCCCCUGUGUUCCCUGUGACCUGGUUCUGACUGGAGACCAUGCCUUUCCUUUGGUAAUGAACAGCCGAGGCCAGUCCCUGAUGGCUGCCUCUCUGUACGGCUGUGGAAGGAUUGUGGUCCUGGGUCACGAAGGCUAUCUGAAGGCCUUCCCCACUCUGGUAGAGAACGCUCUCGCCUGGCUGAGAGGAGAUGGAUCCGAAAACCGGUCCGUCGGGGUCCACAACAAGGUCAAGGCAGUCGCUGAUAACCUCAGCAAAUCCAGCUUCCAAGCCAAUGUUGUGGAGGCCUUUAGUGACAACCCAGAGGUUGGAGUGUAUGUAACAGAUGCCUACAGUGUGGGUGAAGACCCGAAGGAUCUGGUAGCCUUUAUGAAAGCUGGAGGAGGAGUGCUGAUAGCAGGGCAGGCAUGGCACUGGGCUUCAACACACCCUAAGGAGAACACACUGCAUCAGUUUCCAGGGAACAAGGUGUCUGGUGUGACAGGGAUCUACUUCUCUGAGCAUCAGGGGAAGGUAGAAUGCCUGCCAGUCUAUCCUCAGAUCCCGUCCUCUUGGAUGGCCGUAGUGCUCGGUAAGGAUUUUGAGGACGACUUGUUGUUCCUACUCAAUGGGGUUUCAGAGUUUGACCUCCAGGGUGGAUUGAUUUCUUCCGAGAUUCUGAUCCAUGGCCCUCUAGCCUUCCCAAUCGGAACCACAGAGGAUGGACGGGCAUUCCUGGCAGGAGCCUACUACGGGCAGGGACGGGUCAUUGUGAUGUCACAUGAAGGAUUUCUUGGACGAGAGUCACUGGCUCCAUUUUGGAAGAAUGCUCUCCACUGGUUGGAUGAAGGCCGACAGGGGGUCAUUGGUGUUGUGCCGGAUCAUGCCCGCAAACUUUUCAGCACGUUAGGGUUAAAGUGCGAAAAGACAAACUUCAAGAAAGACCUGAGUGUGUUUGUGCGUACAGCAUAUGGCAAUGAUCAUGUGGAGGAAAUCCAAGAAUUUGUGGCAGAGGGAGGAGGCCUGCUGAUUGGAGGGCACGCCUGGCACUGGGCUCAGACACACCGUGACCAAAACCCAUUAACAGAAUUCCCAGGAAACAAGAUCUUGAACAAAAUGGGCCUGAGCCUUCUGGGAGCAACAAUCGGAGGAGGGUUAUACAAGGCCCCUGUUCCCAGCCAGGCCAUCAAAGACACCUACCACUUCCGCCACCUCCUGCACCGCUUUGCCAGCCACGUGACCAAGGGCGAGAAGCUUACGAAGCGCGAGGAGGAAUGUCUUAAAAAGCUGGGAAGUGACUGCUGUGCCUACUUGAACAUGAAGGCUCACAGCUGCUCCUCCUACAUGCAGGUUGUGGCCACACUCACCAACAUCCUUAAGAAGACGGGCAUGCCACAGGUGUGUGACAGCUGCCCUGUGAAGAGUCCCAAAGACCAUCUACUCCUUAGUUUGGGGGCAGAGGUAUACAAGGUUUGCCCAGAUCCUGAUGCCCUCUUGCCCUACCUCAUCAAGGAUAACCCGUUGAUGCCAGUUGUCUACAACCACAGGAUCCGCAUUAAUGUUGACAGACCAGAAUGGGAGGAGUGGAUCAGUACAGGUCUCUUCCUCGCUCCUGGUAUGAAGACCUACAUGGCCAUACCAGCAGAGAUCGUCAACAAGGACUGGAAGGUCCAGGUAGGCUGUCAAACUGACAGACUGAAAGCUGAAGAGUUGAGGAGAGCACCAUGUGUUCAUGAACGAUUUCCCAUAACCUCAGAGAUGAUGCAGGUGUCGAACCUCUGGGGGGGACUCAUCUACCUGGUGGCCCCACCCAAAACCAAAGUGGAGGGGUUGGAGGUCAUAGUGCAGAUGGCUGUACCUGCACCAUAUUAUAAAUCUGGCGUGACAACACUAGCUGAUUGGUCCUUGCUGCGCACUGCUCCCUCACCCUGGGCAGAGUUGGAGUUUGAAAACCUCAUCCUGACUGUACCUUCAGAAGUCAUCCGAGACCUGGAGCGCCCUGAUGAGGUGGCGGCACUCUGGGAUAACAUCAUGAGGGGCAUUGCUGACCUGGCGGUGAUACCACACAAAUUUCCUCGCAAAGAACGCUUUGUAGCAGAUGUGCAGAUUUCCCACGGUUGGAUGCAUGCAGGUUACCCCAUCAUGGCGAACGAGAAGGCAGCAGAUCUGCUAGUCAGCAUUGAGCAUGCUAGGACUAAAGGUCUGUGGGGCCCCAUCCAUGAGCUCGGACACAACCAGCAGAAACGCUACUGGGAGUUCCCGCCACACACCACAGAGGCCACAUGCAACUUGUGGUCAGUGUAUGUGCAUGAAGAGGUGCUGGGGAUCAACAGGGAGAAGGCUCAUGGAGCUAUGCCUCUUGAAAAACGAAACCAAAGAACAGCGGAUUAUGUUAAGGCAGGUAGGAAUCUCAGCGACUGGAAAGUGUGGGUGGCCCUGGAUACAUAUAUGCAGCUCCAGGAGAAGUUCGGGUGGGAUGCCUUUAAAAAGGUGUUUGCUACCUACCAUGAGAUGAGCAACUUUCCCAAUGACAACAAGGGAAAGAUGAACCUGUAUGUUGAGACUUUCUCCCAGACUGUGGGGAUGAACCUGGCUGGAUUCUUUAAGGCCUGGGGCUGGCCCAUUGAGACCGCCACUGAGGAGAAACUCUCCAACCUGCCUCCCUGGAGUGACCACCCCAUGGUCCAGUAUGACUGACUGUAGUCUGCUGCUGAUUAGCGUAGAAAGAUUGGUUCAAUGAGAGCCAAAUUCCUGACAUGAAGUCUUAACUGACUUUGUUUUCUCUUUUUCUUGAUGUAUUUUUACCACAUUUAUUGUCAUCUUUUAAAAGAGACAGAAGUUACACACCUGACCAGAUGUAUACAGCUUUUAAAUUCAGUAGUUCUGUUUGAAAUGAACCAAUUAUUAUGAUUAUUUUAGAGGCAAAGACUUUCGAAACUAACCAAAAACAAAGAGGUCAGCUCCUGUCAGGAGAACUAAACUUGUAUUUUUUUAAAUACUGCACUAAUACUGUCAACUUUUUCUUUCUGCUACGUAAUUUCUGCUUGUUGACCUUUCCUUUCAUUCACCUGUCUCAGUCCAUAGUACCUUUGAUUUGACUGGGGAGUAAUGUAAUUUCACAACACUGGUAAAAUUCACAUUCUUUCAGGGUCAUAAUAACAUAUGUACUGUUCAAGACACAUUGACACUGAGUAAAGAUAAGUCAAAUCAGGCUUUAUAAGAUGGACGCAGGAAUGUAUUUAACAUUGGGUUUAAUAUGAAAAAUAAGCUCAAGUCAAUACAACUGUCAUUCUGGUUUCACAAAAACUUCUUUCUGAGGUGGUUGAGUGAUCAGGUGGAAGUGUAAUUAGCAGAUUAAUGAAGAAAAAAUGAGUAAAAACAAUAUUAUUUUCAUUGUUGCACUUUAUCUCCUUAUAUUAAGUAACUAAAACUACCUAAAAGCCUACUCCAAUUUAAUAAUGACUGGACGAUUGGUAUUUGCUGCAUGUGUGGUUUGAUUAUGUCUCAUUUGUGCAAUACGUGAUUUUAUUUGAACAUGUUACUGAAUAACUGGGGAAAAAAAAUCACCAUUUUAAUUAAAGUAGUACAGCAAUAUGA